CCAAGUUUGAAACAAUUUUUUGCGUUUUGUAAUAUCAAGAUUAGCAGUCAGUCAAAGUUUGAUUAUUUGGUGAAAGUUGACAGCGAAGUAGAGAAUAGCAGAGGAGGAAGAGCAGAGGAAAGCAGAGCCGUCUCUGGCUCCAUGCCGGUCGCACCGGUACCCAAAGCAGAGCCUUCUCUUGCGUCCGCGGCCACGUCUCCCCCGCAUCUUCCGCGUCGCCGUUUCCAGACAACCGCAACUUCCCCGGGUCCGCGCGCUGCGGUUGAGUGAGGGUUCUUCAAGGUGACAGGGCACAGGGCGCCCGAGCUGGCGAUGGCGGCAGUGACGGUUGCGGCUCGAGGUUUCCUCAAGGCCGCCGCCGGCGAGGGCAGCGACAAGGCUAGGCUCUGCUCGCGUCAGCCGGCGAGGGCGGUCAAGUACCACUGCAACUUCGACCUGUACCAGUCGCCGGUGGCCAACUGGCGCGACACGCUCUGCCUCCGCAUGGCCCCCGACCCACCCGACGACGGCGACAGCUGCUGCGAUGCUCUGUUUGAAUAUGCCGUACAAGUGAAGAAUUUGGGGAGCACCUUGUUCGAGCUGCUCUCCUAUGCUGUUGGGCUCAAACCGAGCUACCUGGUAGAUAUAGAGUGCAACCAAGGAUAAGUCAUACUCAAAGCGAGCUACUUGUUCGAGCAUCUUCAGGACACAUUUCCACCCUGCCUCGACGAGGAUGUAUGGUCCGAUCAAGGAGCUGUUGUCUGAUUGGAACCCACUGUUAUACAGGGAGACCCUUGUGAGAGAUUACGUCAAGCAUUACUACUCCAUCGGGUUAAAUACAAAAACUGCAUUCUCUGAUUUCCUGUUGUGAACUGUGAUGUUUAGUUUGUGUCCUGAUAGUAUAGACGAUGUUAAUAUACCAUUCAUUUCGGCUUGAGCUGUUGAGCAACAUAGGAAUUGGCAAACUGUCCAAUCUUCAGUUAUUUUUUCUAGUAGCAUUGUUGCACUAUCUGACAGAGCUGUUUUUUUUUAGAAAAGGAGGAUGACCCUCGGCCUCUGCAUCUGGGCGAUGCAUACGGCCACUUUAUUAAUUAU